UCACUAUGGGGGAAAAAGGAACAGACGUUGAGCUUCGAGAUUUCUCGGAACAACCCCUCCCAAUACCAGAACUCAAAGUAACUGGCCCCGAAGCAAGACACCAAGUGGAAAUUAUAAAGUCUGAUCUGUAUUAUAUAAGGGGAUUCCAAAAUGCAAAAGAAACUUUACAACCAGCAGAGCUGGUCGUGACCGGCGAACUUCCCACAUGGCUGAACGGUGAACUAUUCACCCUUGGACCUGGGAUUUACGAUGUUAAAUAUAACAAGAUGAUAGAAAUUGGGAAUGGACAAUAUGAGAGCGGUACAGCUACAUUUUCAUUGGGUCAUUGGUUCGAUGGUCUUCCACUGCUAAAUCGCUUUAUAUUGGAUGGAACAAAUAACAAAUUAACUUAUCGGUCGAGAUUGAUCGCCAAGAAACAAGAAGAAAAAAUACGCGACAGACACGGAAUUAUCACCACGCAUCCUUACUCACUGUUUAAGACUCAUGCAAAUCAAACUCCGUUAGCAAAGCUAAUGGUCAAGAGGCGUCCCACAAAACCGGAACAAGAACCCUGUAGUGCAAGCAUCCAUGUUAACUUUCCGCUAAACGUGCCGGGAGAACGGCCCAAGGUAUUCUGUCAGAAUCAUUCAACCCAGGUCGUAGAACUGGAUGCUCACGACCUGACGCCGACGCGUUUGUGGACAUGGAACGACUUAAACCCAUCUUUUCAAGGCGUACAUGCUGGACCCCAUUCGCACUACGACGCUACGAGAGGAGAGUUAAUAAACUUUAACAUGGAAUACCACGCGUUAGGAACCAAAUACAACUUUUUUAUGAUUUCCCAAAAAAAUCCAAAAGGAGAACUUAUCGCAAGCGUUACCGCCAAGUCAUCGUACGUGCACAGUUUUGCAGUUACUCCGCGUUUCAUUAUCUUGACACUUUACCCAUUCUACGCCAAGAACGCCGGGUUAAAUGUUAAAUGGGUUGAUAACAUUUUGGAUGCGUUUGUAUUUCGUCCAGAUGAACCUACCCUUUUCUACGUUAUAUCAAGAGCCAAAAAACAGCAUGUCGCGACAUAUAAAUCAGACUCUUGUUUCGCAUUUCAUCACAUAAAUGCCUUUGAAGACGACGAUGACAACAUUUACAUCGACAUUGCAUGCUACGAGGAUAGCGCAAUCACAAACUAUCUGACUCUUGAAAACUUCCGUCAAGCGACACAGAGAGAGGUUCUUCAAAACACGGUUGCAAAUUUGUUUAGGGCGCGUCCAGCCAAUACGCAAGGGGAUACCCAGUCGUAUCCCGUUGCUAACUAUUCAAGGUGUGCGGACUCGACGCUCGAGUUACCAAG